GCAUCCUCCCGAACCAAAAUUGCAAGGUGGAGAAAUUGUUAUCCGGAAUUCACUGUCUUCGCCAGAGGUGGCUAUGUGCUGCGGGAGCACAUCCCACAAGGGUUCGAUCUGCAAGUGGGCGACCAAGUGCUGGCUCAUCUCAUCGAGUGUGAUCACGAGGAUUUCACGCAUCGCGCCAUCAGGUUGAUUCCACCGUCGACAGUUUUACAGAUCGCUGCGUGCGAGACACAGAACAGCGCCGAAAUGGCAGAGCCUCGUCUGCGGCGCGUUGCCUCGGCCGAGCGACCCCCUGGAAGACCACCUCUGGGGCAGGAGCCAGCGAGGGGUCCGCUUAGUCGCAGCUAUGCCAAUCUGGUGUGGAGCAAGAGAGCCGAUUCGGAGGUGAUUAAGGCUGAUGACCGGACUGACGACACAGCCAAUGGCAACAGCAACGGCAACGAGCGCCGAUUUUUGGGCACCCACCUGCCUUUGUUCAAGGUGCCAGAACGUCUGACCAGCGUCUACCUGAGAGACUGCAAUGGUGGGGAGAUGCGCAGCGCCCUGGAGGCGCAGUAUCCAUGCCUGAAGGGGCCCCUGACCAUGGCCAACUAUGUGGAGCGCUUCAGCCUGCUGCUUUCCAUCGAGGAACUGGAGCUAUUCGUGGCCAUGCGAAAAUUCGACCGGCACAGCGCCUACAUGGAGAGGGACGGUGAGUAUCUGGUGCUUCAGCUCGAUGAUCUCGCCGAGCGUCGACCCUCGCUGGUCGUCGGCGAUAAGGUGAACGUGAGCAAUAUCUGGCCGGGCGACAACAAUACAUAUUCUGCAAUCAUAACCAAGGUGUUAUGCAAUCGAAGUCUGCUCCGAUUCAACGCCAGCUUCCACCGACUGUACAAUGGGGAGCCCUGCAGCAUCGAGUUCCAAUGCUCGCGGUGGCCCCAGAGAAAGCAGCACUAUGCCAUCGGCAAAAUCGUCGACACCAUGGGCCAGCAGUUUCUGUUCCCCACCGAAGUGGUCGAGCGCAAGCAACAUCAAUUGCAGGUGGAGCUCGUCGAUGGCGACGAUAUGUACCUGCUCGGCACGAAGCUCGAGUGGUUCAACGAAUCGCUGAACUUCAUUCAGAAGCGCGCCGUGUUUCACAUCCUGCGGGGCGCAACACUGAACACGCCGUACGUGAUCUUUGGUCCACCCGGUACCGGGAAGAGUGCCACCCUGGUCGAAGCUGUGCUGCAGGUGGUGCGAAAUGUUGCCACUUCCCGCCUCCUGGUGGUCGCGCCCUCGAACAGUGCUGCGGAUCUCAUAACCAAGCGAAUUAUUGCCAGCAAUACUCUGGCCAAUGAUGCCGAUAUCAUUCGACUCGUAUCGCACAACCAGACGGACAAGGGACUCCUGCCGCCGGAGCUGAUCAAAUAUUGCGCGAGCCUGGAUAUGUUCCUAAAUUCAAAUAUGACUGUCACCGCGUCGGGUCUGCGGCUGCACUGCCAGUGGUGGUUUUUUACCACACAGCGCAUCAUCGUUGGCACCAGUGCCACACUGGGCAACCUCAUGCAGAUGCCAUUUUCGCCCGGCCAUUUCACCCACCUCUUUGUCGAUGAGGCCGGGCAGCUCAGUGAGCCGCAGAUCCUGCUGCCAGCCACUUUGCUUGCAAAGGAUCACAGUCAGGUCAUUCUCGCAGGAGAUCCGCAACAGCUGCAGCCCAUAAUAUAUAGUUCGAGUGCCCGUGCCUACGGACUCGACACAUCCCUGCUGGAGCGGCUGCUUCAAUUACCAAUUUAUGCCAAGGACCUGGACGAUCCUGGAAACAAACUGAACGUGUUAACAAAGCUCAAGCACAACUAUCGCGCGCUGCCCGCGAUCGUGUCAACAUACAGCCACCUGUUCUAUGAGGACGAGCUCAUGCCUAUGGUUUCCCCAAAUGACUCAAGAGAACUGCAAAUUGUGGAGAAGCUGCAAAUCAUGCUGGGUGGGGGAAUUCCCCGAGGGCAUGGGGUAUUUUUUGUAGGCGUUUUUGGCUCCAGCCUAAAGGAUGUCGAUUCGCCUUCAUGGCACAACCCGGCAGAGGCCGGCGAAAUACAAAAAAUGUAUAAAAAACUCAUUGACAGCGGCAUAACGCCAGAGCAAAUAGGGAUAAUCACACCAUACGCCAAACAAGUCAAAAAAAUCAAGGCUUUGCUGAACGAUGGCUCGGCUGAGGUGCUGCCAAAGAUUGGCUCCGUGGAAGAGUUCCAGGGAGGGGAACGUGACAUAAUGAUGAUUUCUACGGUGCGAUCCGCUGAUUCCGUGCUCCUCGGUUUUGUGCGUUCCGAAAAGCGCAUGAACGUGGCCAUUUCGCGCGCCCGCGCUGCCAUGUUCAUUUACGGCGAUCCCAUAAUGUUGGCCACCGAUAAAAAUUGGCGUCAUCUGAUGAGGCUGUGCGUUACGAACUGUUCCUACUUUGGGGCUUGUAGCCGAUAAAACUGCACCCAGAGAUGAACACCUUCCACACACAAACAAAAACCAAACUCAAUUCAAAUUCAAAUACUUGUUUUGUUUUUGUGCGUUUUUUGAA